AUGAACCCCAAUCACACUCGCACCGUUGCACCCGCAUCGUCCUCAUCAUUAUCAGCAAUUCAAAACGCUACCGUCCCACCUCGAAACCCCUCUCCGGCUCUCUCUUCGCACCCGCGUGCAUUUUGGCAAAGAGUCACUCAAAACUACCCCCUCACCACAUCGAUGACUGACCCCAGCCUCAUGCUCUCUGCCCAGAACCACGCCGUAUACUCCCGCCAUCAAUACGCAAGGGAAACGUACUCUCAACUACGCCGUGCCCGGCGCUUGUCCGCGAACAAUCUCGUCCCGCAGGCUUUACCCAAGGCCUUACCGGCCCUCAAUCCCGCACCUGCACCCGACAGCACCGACAGCCAUUCCUUAUCGCCAACCUCUUCAACCAGCACCACCACUGCCACCACCAGCGCCACCACCACCGCUUCUGAGACGCCGUCAUAUGUCACUGCCUCCUCCACGGACCGUUCCGCGCUAGCUCCUGACUCUCGACCAAGAUUUCAAGACAGGUCCACCGACCGGCCUGGAGCUGGUUCCAAGCGUGUCUCUUUGCGACCCAAAUCCUCGCCAGCUUCUAGUUUACAGGACCGCACGACUAGGAGGGAGCGCGAGUAUGCUCAGAAUCGCGCCUUGUUGGCCAAGAGAUUGCGCGGUUCCAAUCCGGAAGCCUCUAAUUCCACCUCCUCUUUAGCGGAACUGGCUGCUACUUCUUCUACAGUUUCAACCGAUGUGGCAGACUCCCACGCCCCUCCAUCGCCCCAACAGAUAGCAAAUAGACGCGGUCAUCGUCGGAGAGCCUCGGAGAGUUCGAGUUACUUUGCUGCCAAACCCCGAGUCAAACGACUUCACUCCGAACAUAUCGCUCAUCACCAAGGUGUUCCCAUCCUAGCGAUAAAGCGCCCCAUUUCCCUAAAUGAUUUUCGACUCAGCAAGGUUGUUGGGACCGGUGGCACUGCCACUGUUGUGCGUGCUGAGCCGAUUCUGGGCUCCGUUGCGGCAUCUGUGAUCCCGGUCAAGGAGGUGGCGUUGAAAGCAGUGUCGAGGAAGGGGCUUAACCGCAGGGCACAGCACUACCUCAAUCGCGAAAUUCAUAUCCAUCAAUCAGUUCAGAACCACCCACACAUUGCGUCUCUAUACAAUGUGUUUCAAGAUUCCGCGGGAGUAUAUCUUGCCAUGGAAUUGAUGCGCGGUUCGGAUCUGUAUACAGCCCUCAAGAAAGAGCGUCGAGGUAUCAGCGAAGUUGUUGCUUUAUCCAUCUUAACACAGAUUCUUGAUGCAUUGCAAUACAUGCACUCUAUGGGAUGCGCUCAUCGUGACAUCAAACCAGAAAAUCUUAUGUUUGUUGAGAAACCCAAUCUCGCUGAGGGACACGACACACCCGUCAUCAAACUUGUGGACUUUGGGCUGGCAUGCGUGCGCAAUCCUAGUUCUCCGAGAAAGGAAUGGUUAAGUUCUGAAAAGUGUGGCACAGUCAGGUAUGCUGCACCGGAGAUUGUCAAUGAAGCCUCAUAUUUGCCCGAGUUGUGUGAUAUUUGGAGCGUGGGCGUAGUGAUGUACUCAAUGAUUGCAAACCGGAACCCGUAUACGGGCAAAACUGAGAAGGAAGUGAUAUAUCAAAUCCAGCACAACGAACUCUCAUUCAAAGGUCCAGAGUGGGACAGAGUAUCCGAUGACACAAAGAACUUCAUACGUUGUGCAAUGAAACGGAAGUCGACUGAGAGACCGACUGCGGCCAUAGCCUUAGAAGAGGUACGCCGAAUUCACGAUAAGUUGUCCAGCAGCACUUCAAAUGAAUCAUGGUCGAGCGAAGACGAGGGAUGGGUAGCUGAGCGAAUGCGAAGUCGUCAUACUGCCAGUUCGCAGCAGACGACACCCGAUGUGCAUGAGUUUUCGAGUCAUGCCACCCGGCAGAGCAAUCCACGAAGAGGUCGUCCUGAUCAUCCUCCUGAAGGUGAUGAACGAUCGUCAUCACCCUGCAGCUACACUGAAGAUGCUACCAGCCAACCUUCAAAUUUCUUCGGAGGUCUCGUUAAGGCUUGGUUCAGAGGCACAAGUCCGAGCUCAGACAGAGACGGGACUUGUAACUCAGAAUAGCGUUAGAAUCGCGGUUUGUAGCCUGCUUCUUAUUUUCGUCGGGCAGGCGCCUCAACCGCAUGUAAUUUAAUCGCCUGUCGCGAAACAUGUAGCUCAUUCCAAUGUUCAUCACCUUGUACAGAACACCUUUCGCUCGAGUAACAACAGAAUGUUCUAUGUGC